AUGAACAGUGAAAGUCUAAGUCAAGACAGAGAAACCACUGAGACGACGGCGAAGACUAAUAAAGAGAAGCCUUGCCAGCAGAGAAACCAGUUGGACAACCUCGAGAAAGAUGAGGGACUGGAACAAGACAAUUGCGAGGCGCGUCGCAGUCACAGAGAGAGGCGGCCACCGGCGAGAUACAGAGACAGAUGGGACCAAGGUGGUGAUGACAGAGAAGAAAGCAGACAAGAUGAAGAAGGCAAACAACAAGGAAGACCGGAUGUCAAAGGCGAAAGGGAAAAAGAAAACAAGAAGAAGCUGCGAGAAAUUCUGGAGAUGAUGACACCAUCCGUCAUAGCACUACCUCCCCUGUCUCCGUUCUCGAGAACGCCAUCACCACAGGUCGCCUCACCACAACCGGACCCUCAUUCCCCGCCAGCUGCUAUCACGGUACCAUCUCCCUUGAUUCCCCAUGCUCCAAAGACUCCGGAUCGAGAACUAUUUCCGGAGCUCAAGACAUCUCAAGACACAGCCACAGCCCAUUCGCCGCCGACGACCCCACCGAUGAGCCCGACGCUCCCGAAGAAGAGGGAUCAAAAUACACAGAAUGGUUCCAACAUCAGCCCCCACCGUCACAGCCCCGGUGCCCCGCGUCCGUCGUUACCCCGGGCCCACAGGAGGCACAGUCACAGCUACGCACUGGCUCGCCACGGUCAAUCGCGGCGCAGAAGUUGA